UGGAGCCACAGAGCUUUCCGUGGCCCCGGGCUGAGCAGGUGGUGACAGGCGCCCAAUGGCUCAGUUUGCCCAGGUUCUGGCUGAAAUAGGCGACUUCGGUCGCUUCCAGGUACAGCUGCUGAUACUGCUGAGUGUGCCCAACUUCCUGUCUGCCUUCUACAUGUUUGCCCAGGUCUUCAUGGUCCUGGACGAGGCCCACCACUGCUCCGUGGCCUGGGUCAAGAACCACACUUUGAACCUGAGUGCUGCUGAGCAGCUGGCACUGGGCGUGCCCCUGGAUGCCACGGGCAGUCCCGAGCCCUGCCUCAUGUUCCGGCCGCCCCCCAACAGUGCCAGCCUAGAGGACAUCCUUAGCCACCGCUUCAAUGAGACGCAGACUUGCCAGGCAGGCUGGGACUACCCCGAAGGCAGGCCCCCAUCCCUAAAGAACGAGUUCAAUCUGGUUUGUGAUCAGAAGAGCCUGAAGGAGACCUCGCAGUCGGUGUACAUGGCUGGGCUCCUCACCGGCGCCCUCAUCUUCGGGCCCCUCUGUGACAGGAUUGGCCGCAAGGCCACUGUCCUGACACAGCUGCUCCUCUUCGCUGUCCUCGGUCCCGCCACAGCCUUUGUGCCCAGCUUUGCAUUCUACAUGGCCCUGCGCUUUGCUGUGGCUACUGCUGUUGCAGGGUACACCUUCAGCAACGUCGCCCUACUCACAGAGUGGGUGGGGCCCUUGUGGAGGACUCGGGCUGUGGUGCUGGCCCACUGUGCCUUCUCCCUGGGGCAGAUGGUGCUGGCAGGACUCGCCUAUGGCAUCCGUAACUGGAGGUCCUUCCAGAUCGCCGGCACCACACCAGUCCUUCUGCUCUUCUUCUACUUCUGGGCCCUGCCAGAAUCAGCACGGUGGCUCCUGGCCCGGGGGAGGGUGGAGGAGGCUAAACAAGUGAUCCAGAAGGCGGCCUCAGUCAACGGGCGGAAACUCUCCCCAGAGCUCCUGGGCCAGCUGGUCCGGGAGGACACAGGCCCCUUGGGGAAUGCCCUGGAUCUGAUCAGACACCCACAGCUGCGGAAGGUGACGCUGAUUCUCUCCUAUGUCUGGUUUGUGGACAGUCUGGGCUACUUCGGCCUGAGCCUGCAAGUGGGGGACUUUGGCCUGGACAUCUACCUGACACAGCUAAUCUUUGGAGCAGUUGAGGUGCCUGCUCGCUACUCCAGCAUCUUCAUGAUGCAGUGGUUGGGCCGCAAGUGGAGCCAACUGGGGACGCUGGUUCUGGGUGGCCUCAUGUGUAUUGCCAUCAUCUUCGUCCCAGCAGAUCUUCCCGUGGUGGUCACUGUGCUGGCCGUGGUGGGGAAGUUUGCCACGGCUGCCGGCUUUACCAUCUCCUAUGUGUACUCUGCCGAACUCUUCCCCACCAUCAUCCGGCAGACAGGAAUGGGGCUGGUGGGCAUCUUCUCAAGGAUCGGCGGCAUCAUCACACCACUUGUGAUCCUGCUGGGCGAGUACCAGGCAGCCCUCCCUAUGCUCAUCUAUGGCAGCCUCCCCAUCGGGGCUGGCUUACUGUGUGCCCUGCUGCCAGAGACUCGUGGCCAGACCCUGAAGGACACCAUCAAGGACCUGGAGCAGGGGCCCCACCCACGGUCCCUGAAGUUGGCACCCUCAGAAAAGGCAGCAGAAGCCUUGGGAAGACCUUCUGGCCCCAGGCUGGACUUUGUGAGCAGCACGUACUUCUGACUGUCUCUCUGAAAGCAAGACCCGCAGUGGCAGGGGGCUGCCCAGCAUUCCCGUGGGAAGUCUGGCACCUGUGAGCAAACCAGCCUCGCUGAUCGGGCAGAAGUGACUUGGCCUAGGUGCCACCUCCUGGCUCAUGGCAUCCAGUCCCAGGAGCAUCUCCCGCAGGACCCUGCCCAGUAUGCUGUUCUGGGUUAGGGUCUUGGGUUUAACUUGUUCUCUGACUGUCUUGUGGGGGUACAACUCCUCUGAUCCUCUCCACCUGGUGUCCCUUACUCUCAAAACAUAGUCAAGUCCAGAACAGUUAGGUGGGGACUUUCUAAGUAUAGGGGAAGUAGCUGCAGAAAAAAUGGGAGAUUGUGGAGGAUGUGCAGGCAGGUGGGUGAAGGGAAGGCUGUGGUCCAUCCCAGUAGCUGUGCCAGGCCCUCUGGCUAAGGUGGGGCCACUGGGGGCCCUUGAUCUUGCUGAGCAAGACUGUGUGUGCAGUCAAACCAGAGCUUCAGAGACUCCCCCACCUCCUGCCCCCUGCCUCAGUGUCGUCUAACUCAUGGCUCGAAGACCAGAAGUGGGGAGAGGGAGGAACUUGGCCCAGUCCCUGUCUGUGACACCUCCAAGGUCCUCUGGGACCUCUGUAUUGUACCUUAAUACGUGUGAUGUGCUCUCUGCUGCCCUCAUGGACCCCACAGUGCCCUGCAUGUCUCCCAGAAGGCAGCCCUCAGCAGGGCUCCCAUCCAACCACCUUGAGUCAGCCUACCUUCCCAGCAGCUACUUGGCGAAAUGAGCCCGGACCUGCCAGCCAGUGGCAGGGAGAGCUGGCUCAGCCUCCCCUUUUCCUGUCUUCAGUGGCACCUCCAGCCAACCUCCUACCAGACAGUGAGGCCCCACCCUCUCCUCACAGGCACCCCAGCCCCAGGAAGUGGUCUUUGAGAGCCUCCCCUCACACUCACCUUCUCUGAUGGAGCCUGUGGGGGAGGCUGGCGCCCCACCAGUUUUACUGUCUGUAAAUUCAGCGUAGAUGUGUUCAGCCCCUCUUUUGAAACAUAGGUAUCUAUUAGUCAUGGUCUCAGCUUUGAAGUGAUGGGGAAAAGUUCUGUUUAGCCCCCUACUGUGUACCCAGUCAUGGAGCCCCAAGCUAAACACUGCUUGGGGACACUCAAAAGUCUUUCUUGACAUGAUGUGGCACCCAGGCUGAAACCUCCCACUUGGGGAAAACUUUAGGUGGGAGUGAGGAAACUGUCAUCUCAAAGCUGAAGGCAGUGUCCUCUGAGGCGUGGACACUCACCUCCCUUUGAGGCAGAAUGGGCUUCAUUCCUGGAAAGAGACUUAACAGGUCCUUUGGUACCAGAAUAAAUGUAGACUCACCUAC